AUGGAUUUUUCCAACAUCUUCCGGCUCGUCAACAUCGCGGUGGGCGUGAUCAUGGUUCUGGGGGGUAUCAGCCAGUUUUUCCCCCCUUCCAUGAGCUCCAUCGUCGUCGGUAUCUACGUGAUUGUCUUUGGUCUGGUUGUCGCCGGUUUGGAAUUCUUGCCUAAUGUGCCCGACUACGCCUACCGCUAUGCCUCGUUCUUGUUCUCGUUCCUUGGCCGUGGUGUCUUCUACAUCUUCGUCGGCUGUCUGCUGCUGCAUGACCACGUCCUUCGCGAAAUCGCCGCUUCGAUUGUUGGAAUAAUUGGUGUCGGCUACCUCGUACUGGAAUUCAUUCCCUCCAUUGAGCCCCCAUCCAACAUGCGCGAAUCCGACCAGGGCUGGGGAGCCGAGCAGGUCUAA